AUGCGCCAUAAUUAUAUUGUAAUAUUAAUAUUAUCUUUAUUAACGUGGACAUAUGCUGAGGAACUUUAUUCUGAUAAAUAUGAUUAUGUGAAUAUUGACGAAAUUUUAGCAAAUGAUCGUCUACGAAAUCAAUAUUAUGAUUGUUUCAUCGAUGCAGGCUCUUGUUUAACUCCGGAUUCAGUAUUCUUUAAAAGUCACAUAACAGAAGCGUUUCAAACACAAUGUAAGAAAUGUACUGAAAUUCAAAAACAAAACUUGGACAAAUUAGCAGAAUGGUUUACUACAAAUGAACCAGAAAAAUGGAAUCAUUUCGUGGAAAUAAUGAUAAAGAAAAAAGACGAAGGCGCAUAA